AUGCAGUUACCAAACGAUGUCGAUUUAGAGCAUAACCUAAACGAUGCAUUCCAAAAAAUUUUCGGUUCUUGCGAAGAAUUCAUUCGGAAAGGGUCCGGUUGGGUCUUAAAAAGGGUCAUCAAAUUAGAAAUUCACGUGGCGAAUUACUCGUCGGUUGGGGGUUCCUCCUUCAUCCCAACUCCAGUCACGUUUGCUAGACAUAAAACCCUCAUAAACAUAGUCAAUGACGAUGACAAAUGCUUCCUCUGGUUCGUGCUAGCCUUCCUCUAUCCAUCGACUUUUCUACCACAAAGGGUGUCAAAUUACACCCAGUACGAAAAUGACCUUGACAUGACCGGUAUGUCAUACCCCACUCCCGUGUCGCAAAUUUCUAAAUUCGAGCGGCAAAAUCAGAUCAGUGUAAACGUAUUCGGUUAUGAAGACAAAGACAUAUUCCCAAUGUAUGUCACAAAAAUGCGCGAAUCACAACACCAUGUGAAUCUUUUAUUCCUACGAGAAGAAGAAAAGUCGCACUAUUGUCUCAUUCGUGACCUGAAUACCUUUUUAUCGCGAACAAAGAAAAACAAAUCGCAUUUCUGCCACUUUUGUCUUCAAGGCUUCACGCGACAUGACUUGUUGGAGGAACAUAUAAAGAAUUGUUCGCGUCACGAUCCGCAACAUGUAGAAAUGCCUGACGACGACAAUUGUCUGCUGAAAUUUGAAGACUAUAGGAAACAAAUGAAAGCUCCUUUUGUCAUAUAUGCAGAUUUCGAGGCAUACGUGCAACCAUUAGACACUUGCGAGCGCGAUUCGAACUCGUCGAGUACAACAAAAACCGCUAGAUUCGAGCCGUGCGGAUUCGGAUAUCAGGUUGUCUGUAUGGACGAUAAAUACACAAAUUCUCCUGUAAUCUACAGAGGUACCGAUGUUACGAAAACGUUCCUACAGCGACUUUUGGAGGAAAAAAGCAAAAUCAAAGAUAUUUUAAAUCAAGCAAAACCUAUGGUUCUAACACCAGAAGAGCAAAUCGAAUUCGAAAAAAGCAACCAGUGCCACAUCUGCGGGAAGCAUUUCACCGAAAAAUCUAAACGGGUACGCGAUCAUUGCCAUCUCACCGGGAAAUUUCGAGGCGCCGCUCACGAUUACUGUAAUCUAAAAUACAAGUAUCCACAAUACGUGCCAGUCAUAGUUCAUAAUCUGCGUGGAUACGAUAGUCAUUUGAUCUGUCAAAGUAUCGGAUUGUUUAAAGAUCAGGAUAUUAACUGCAUACCGAACAAUGCAGAAAAAUACAUCUCCUACAGUUUGGGAAAUUUAAGAUUCAUCGAUUCCUUUCAGUUCAUGCCUAACAGUCUAGAAACGUUAACUGGUAAUCUGGCAGAAACAAGUUUCAAACAAUUUUCCAAAGAGUUUUCUAUAACCGAGAAGAAAUUGCUACUCCGCAAGGGUGUGUAUCCCUACAAAUACAUUGAUUGUGAAGCCAAGUUCGCGGAAACAGAGCUUCCAUCCCUGGGAUGCAUUUAUAGCAACCUCAGAAAAUGUGACAUCACGGAAGAAGAUCACGAGUACGCGCAAAAAGUUUGA